CGGUAGUAAAGUCUGGCUACGCGAGACUGAACGUCAAGCGUAUGUAUGCAUUGUGCUUACUGUGCAUUCAUGAUCACGUGCGUGCCCAAUGGCAUUUAGUGCGAGACCUCUUCAUGAAGCUGCGUAUCGAAAGAACAGACAACAGAUCAGCAAACUUGUAGAGCAAGGUCAUAAUCCAAACGAGUGUGAUACAACAGGACGAACUCCUCUCUAUUAUUUGAUUGGAUACCGAUCGCGAAGAAACGAUCACACUGGAAUUGGCCCUCAACCGCAACCACGUCCAGAUCUUUCACAUCUACAGCUUGAUGAGGCUGCUCAGGAAGAGAGAAUGAGAUGUAUUCAAGUUUUAUUGUCGUCUGGAGCUGAUGGAAAUGUGCAAGAUGCACGAGGAUGGAGUUUAAUACAUCAAGGAGCUUGGGAUGGAGACCUUGAGGCGGUAAAGUAUUUAGCAACACGUGGAGUUCCUUUGGACCGACGAAAUUCAAGCAAUCAAACUCCUUUGGAUUUAGCUGUUAUAAAACAUAACAAGGAAAUUAUCAAAUUCCUUGACAAUGUAUCAAAUCUUCAAACUCGUUGCAGACAGGCCAUACAAACUGCAAUGGGCAGUAGACGAUAUAAACAGAUUAAUGACCUUCCACUGCCCAAACGUCUGAAGCUAUUUGUGAACUUCGAUAAUCCAUAUGAAGGCUGGACAGCAAAAUACAUACCAAACUCACCAUGGAAUGACACAGAAUUAACAACAAAAGUUCCUGCUCACAAGAUACAUCGUUUCCUAGCAACACAUGCCACUAAGCAACAUUUAAUUAAAUUUAAAGUAGCAAAAAGGCCACAGAAUGGCUGGGAAAGUGAGCGAGAUGAACUUGUGACAGCAUUUAAGGAUAUGUUCAUUAGCAAAUCAUUCCGUGAUGUUGAAUAUGAAGAACAGCCCUGGAAAUUCAGAGAUUACAAAAAGAAAAUAAACUAUGAGUCAACAGUCGCUAUAGAUGACGUCACACAAACUGAUGAGAGUGACUAACCUUUAGUUUUGAUAUUUACAUCAUGGCAAGCUGUCACAUGUAAUAGUUUGCAUGAGAUUUAUAGAACUACAAGAGAAUUGAGUGUGUAUGGAG